AUGUCCUCUCGGGCAGCUACUGCGUGUCUCUUCCUCAGCCUGACCUUGGCUGUUACCAAAGGCGCCCUGUUCACAGGCCACUCCCUAGGGUCGCCAUGCGUCCCCAGCCACGGCUGCACACUCGCCUUUGUCUCUGACAACCCCGUAAUCCUGCACUGCCCUCAUGGCUCACUUGGAGUCUUUAUUACCUGGCAGUACCUCGAUCUGGCCCAGACCGACAAGGAACCCACCACUUUUCUACACUCCAAGACCAAAUUUUUGCCCGUGGUCAGCUACGCCAAUUUGCGAAGGUUGCAACUGAAGGCCUGGCUCUUGGGCGACAACCUCUACAUCUCGAGUCCCAACGUGCAGGACUCUGGCUUGUACACCUGCCGCUCGGGUGACGCCACGCUCGCCUAUUACCAAGUUGAUUUCCAGGACGCCGACAACAUCCACAUCUCGCAUGCCAGCCUGAGGGAGACCACCCUGAGCAACACCACCACCGAUCUAGGGAACGGGGCACAGGCCCAGCAGUUUACCUCGUGGGGGCACUGGCAGCCUUGCAAUCGGUGCGACCACCCCGGAGAAAGGAAGCGGGUUGGGUUUUGUUACGCCCUGGUGAGCACUGGGAAGGAGCAGGGCGGGGAACGGCCUCUGCCAUGCGGGAUAGCCCGCAGGAAGCACCCGACACUGCCCAAACGGGGGCCGGAGCUACGAGUGGAAGCCUGCCACGUCCUCUGCAAUGAGUCCUACCUGCUUGGCAAGGGGGAGCCCAACACUGUGCCGCUGCUUGUCUACACCACCUACUACCCCAGUUUCCAGGACACCGCCUACUUGCGCUGUCCGACCUCUUCCAUCUACAGCCCCGUUUAUUGGCAGGAAGGCUCCACCAUGUUGACGCGUCUCCAGCUUCUCCAACAGAACAGCAGCUCCCUUAGCCUGGAUGAGAGGACCGGCGGUGGGGUCCUUCGCCUCUCCUUCCAGAACCACACGCAGAGCACCUUCUACCGGUGUUACGUCAACGGGCAGCUGGUGGGCAAGUUCCUGGUCACUGCCCCCAGCACCUUCCCAUCGGCUCGAGAGCUGACCCUCACCUCUUCCAUCAUCGAGGCGCUGGUGGUGGGGACGGCCAUGUUCCUAGUCUUCCUGAUGUUCCUCAGCAUCAUUCAGUCCUGCAGGAAGAAACCGGCAGCCGCCGUGAUCUAGGCGCAGGAUGCGCCGCGGACACCCCGGGAACGGCGCACGGGGUGCUGGCUAAU